CCUUCUGACUUGGUUGUAUAAAUACCCAUAUGUGCUCGGUGCAUGUCAUCGUCUCCUCUGCAUCGUCAUCCUAGCUACUAGCUCGUUGGUGCCCUCAAUAAUGGUUAGGCUCCUGGCUUGCCUCCUUGGCUUUCUAUUGGUUGCAUCCGUGGACCAUGCUGCUGGGGCUCCGACUCCGGAGCAGUACUGGAAGUCUGCUCUUCCCGACACUCCCAUGCCAAGCUCCCUCUCUCAGCUCCUCAGCACCUCGUCGGCGAGCGCCGGCGAGCAUCGGAAGCCCGGGGGCACCGCAGUCGGCAUUUGGGCGUUCCACUAUUUCGACCAUUACGACGCGACGGAGACGCACUUGCAGCACAUAGCCGACGACCCCAGCGCCGCGCUCUUCUUCCUGGAGAAGGACCUGCAGAUGCACUACACCGGCCGGAAGAAGCUGACGAAGGUCCUCCAUUUCAUGGCCACCUCUGGCGCUGGAGAGAGGUUUCUACCGCGAAGCGAGGCCGACGCCAUCCCGUUCUCCUCCGGCCAGGUCCCUGAGAUCCUUAGCCGCUUCUCGGUGAAGCCGAACUCCCCGGAGGCGGCGGGGAUGGCGCGGACGCUGCACGUCUGCGAGGCUCCGGCGGCCGAGGGCGAGAAGAAGUGGUGCGCCACGUCGCUGGAGUCCAUGGUCGACUUCGCCACGUCCAGCCUCGGGACCAGACACGUGAGGGCCGUGUCCACCGUCGUCGGCAAGGAUGGAACGCCGAGGCAGGAGUACACCCUGACCGGCGUGAAGCGCGCCGGCGACGACCAGCUCGUGGUCUGCCACGUGGAGCCGUACGCGUACGCCGUGUUCGCGUGCCACCUGACGCAGGCGACGAGGGCCUACUCUGUGCCGACAGACACUGAUACUCGUAGAGAGUGAGAAAUAGCUAUGAGUCGAUGGCUACUGCUAUUUGGAGGGUUGGGUUUCUCUUUUGAGUUUUCCUCACGGACCUGUCGCGUCAGAUCUUUGGUCUUCUAUUGAAACCGAUGAAAACUA